UUCACAACCAUUAAUAAAUAUAAUGACAAGUGAAGAACUCGUAGCUCCUGCUCUAUCGACAUAUCAGGAUGAUACGACAUUUGAGUUUGCUCAAGUUGUUAGUGAAAAAAAUUUAAGAAGACAUUUAAAUCUUAAAGAUCCUCAAGAUCAAACUGAAAUAAUAGACAAGAUUAAUGAAUAUUAUAGUUUAGAACAAGUUAUACAAUUCUUACAACAGAGAGGUGAGGAUGGACGUUUAAAGUAUAAGAGAGUCACUCUUCAGUUUCCUGAUUCCUUAGUAGGAGAUUCAGCUACUAUAGUUCAUGAAUUACAAAGAAGAUUAGGAAUUACAUGUUCUUCAAUUGAUACAAGUUCUAGUUGUAAUUGUAAUUCUAAGUCUAAUUCUAAUUCUGAAUGUUGUCAAAAAGUAGAUAAUGAUAAUGAUAAUAAUUCUCAAAGUCAAGCUAUCUGGAUCUUAGCUGAUACUUCAUAUUCUCCAUGUUGUGUGGAUGAAGUUGCUGCUGAACAUGUGAAUAGUGAUCUAGUAAUUCAUUUUGGUGAUGCAUGUUUAAAUAUUAUUGAUAAACUCCCAGUAGCCUAUGUCCUUGGAAAACCACAAAUUGAUAUUGAAAAGUUAAUUGUCCAGUUUAAGCAAAGAUUCCCAGUCGAUGAAGGUCAUAAAAUUAUUCUUAUGUCUGAUUCUCCUCAUACUUAUUUAUUAAGGGAUUUAUACAAUUUAUUAAAAGAUGAAUAUCCCCAUUUACUUUAUACAGAUCUAGCCAUAGACAAUAACUCUUCAGCAACUAUAAUAGGUUAUGAACCAAUUCGACUGAACGAGGAAGCAUUUAGAAUACUUAAUAGAAAUAUAAUAGGACUUAAUGCUUCAUCUAUUGAUAAUGAAGAAGACAAUACAGCUUUUCUUCAAGAGUAUGAUUUAUUCCAUAUAACCAAACCUGAAACUCCAAGAUUAUUACAACUAACCACAACAUUUAAUUCAGUAACACUUUUCGCUGAUGGAAAUAUUUCACAAGGUCCCUUCCCUAAUUUAAUGCGUCGUUAUAGGUAUAUGCAUAUGGCUCGUUCGGCUGGUACAGUUGGUUUAUUAGUUAAUACAUUAUCAUUAAUGAAUACCAAGAAAUUAAUAAAUCAAAUAGGACAAAAAAUCAAACAAGCCGGAAAAAAGCAUUAUAUAUUUGUGGUUGGUAAACCAAAUGUCGCUAAAUUAGCUAAUUUUGAAAGUAUAGAUAUGUGGUGUAUACUUGGAUGUGAUCAUCAAGGUAUAAUUAUUGAUCAAAGUAAUGAAUACUUCAAACCUAUUGUGACACCAUAUGAAUUACUUCUUGCCUUGAGUGAUGAACUCACAUGGACAGGUAAAUGGAUUACUGAUUUUAAUAGUAUCUUGAGAAAUUUAAGUAAUGAAGAAGAAGAAGAAGAAGAAAAAGAAGAAGAGCCAAGAAACAAUGAACAACAAGAGGAAGAUAAGCCACCCGUUUUCGAUCCUGUCACUGGAACAUUUGUUAGUACAUCUCAACCAUUAAGACAAAUUAAUCAUCUAAGUAUUACUGCUGAAGAAGAACAAGAAGAAGAUUCUACAAAUUCUUCAAAUAGUUUGGUUAAGAAAUUCUCCGCUACUAUUGCUAUUAAAAAUACUGUAUCAACAUCGGCAGUUCAUCUACAAAAUAGACAUUGGACAGGAUUAGGUAGUGAUUUUAAUACUGAAGAUGGAGAAGGAGAAGAAGAUGGAAAUGAACAGGGUGCCAUUUUAGAAGAAGGUAGAGGAGGUAUUGCCAGAGGGUAUGAUUACGAUAAUAGUUUAAAGAAACACUCAUGAAUGAUUUUGAUUUUCCUGUAUAUAGAGCCAUCUCACUAUAGACUUUAUGUAUUAUAGCAGUUUAUAUAUUUUGCAUUCAACUAAAUAAUCAGUAUUCCUUU